GGGGUCAUUGCUUUAUCGGGACAUCUCUCUGGUGAAAACCUGAAGACAAAGCAGGCAGUUGAUCUGCAGUAAAAUGGGGUACGGCAUCAAAGUAGCCAAGGAGCAUUAACAAGCCUAGGAGAGCACCGGGUCAUUUGCGAUGGAGCGACAGAACAGCGCCAAGAGCCGCAAGUCCAAAACGCUGCGCUCCAUCUCACGCUCCCUUAUCCUUUGCAACACCAAGAACAGUGACGAUGGAUUGAGCCCAGAUGAGAAGUGCCCCAACCCUUUUGAGACUCAGGCUACUUGGGAUCAUGAGGAAACCGGUUCCUGCCCUCGGCUCCAAUUAGUGUGUACCUCGUCGAGUGACCAAGACCCUUCCGAUCCACUUAUGAUCACUGGUGUGAUGCAGCUGAGAGCUGCCCCUGGUGACAGCGCCAAAAACAUGAAAAGAAAAUUCUUUGUCAAGGACAGCUGCAUCUGGAAGCUGUGCAUAGCGACUGGGAAUGAUGGGCUGGGGAUCCAAGUCUCCAGGACUCCCAGUUGCUCUGUUUUCGGAAAAGAAUUCACAGUCAGCCAAGUGGUCAAUGGAGGAGCUGCCUACAGAGAUGGCCGUCUCAGCCUUGGUGAUGAACUUCUAACCGUGAAUGGGCAAUCUCUGAAAGAACUCUCCAGCAGAGAGGCUGAAUCACUCAUUCAGUCUGCAAAAGGCUUGGUAAAUUUGGUUGUAGCUAACAAGGAACCCUCAAUUUGUUCUUGCACAGAACAGCCUACAAACCUGGACAAGCAGAAUGGUUCCAUUCUACAGACAAAAGCCAAAUGUCAGAGGAAUCGCAGUAAUUCAGCCAGUGUGAGUCCAUACUGGAUAGGGGAAAUGGACAAUCCCAUCUCAAAGAAGACAGUGUCCCGAUACAGACAGGCUCAUUCUCUUUACACCAACAGAAAGUCGCUCUCUCAGCAGCUGGAUUAUUCAGCAGGAAACAGCAGGAAGAGCCCCGCUCUUUCCAGAUCUUCACGAUCGCUAAGUACAGCUCAGCUGUUACACGCUUCGUGUGGCCUGCAGGCCUCUGUCAUCUCCAACAUUGUUUUAAUGAAAGGCCAAGGAAAGGGACUGGGAUUCAGCAUCGUUGGAGGAAAAGAUAGUAUUUACGGCCCCAUCGGUAUCUAUGUUAAGACCAUCUUUCCUGGAGGGGCCGCUGCUGCAGAUGGAAGGCUACAAGAAGGAGAUGAAAUCUUGGAACUGAAUGGAGAAUCCAUGCACAGCCUAACACAUUACGAAGCCUUGCAGAAAUUCAAGGCCAAGAAAGGUCUUCUCACACUCACAGUGCGGACGAGCCUCAGCACACCACACUCAGCAGCCACCUAUUUAUCAUCCCACCUCUGCCGUUCAUUGAGUGCCACUGUGUGCACCACCAAAGGAAACAGCUCCUUCAACUCAGAAAGCACCACGUUCUCUUUAAACACCACCAAUCCCAAUGACAGGAUCAUCAUGGAAGUUUCCUUAAACAAAGAGGUUGGUGUUGGUUUAGGGAUUGGAUUAUGCAAUAUCCCUUACUUCCAGUGCAUAUCAGGAAUAUUCAUCCAUACCCUUUCUCCAGGCUCUGUGGCUCACAUGGAUGGAAGGCUCAGAUGUGGAGAUGAAAUUGUAGAGGUCAAUGAGGCCCCUGUUCAGAGUAUGACGCUCAACGAGGUCCAUGCAGUCCUUAGCCACUGCAGCCCCGGCACUGUGCAGAUAAUCCUCAGCAGGCACCCUGACCCGCAGGUCUCUGAACAGCAGCUUAAAGAAGCCAUUUCACAAGCUGUUGAAAGCAACAAGUUUGGAAGAGAGAGGCCUCAGUGGAGUCCUGAAGGUGUGAAAAGUCUGGAAACGAAUUGGCAUAAGAGACCUCCGUGUGAAAAAUACAUGGAGAAGAAUGCGGAGAAGAACACAACUUAUUUCAACCCCCAGUGCCAAAAGCUAAUGAUCCGCUCCAGCAGCGACAGCAGUUGCAAUCCAAGGUCAUCUUGUGGAAGUGGCCUUGCCUACCAGCUGUCCAAUUUGAAAGCAAAAGGACAUAGUAUUGAUGUCCCGAUUAACAGACAGCCGGGCUCCUUGUCCUCUUCCUCCCGAAACAGUCUGGAGAAAGCCUCUUCACCUGGUCUCAAAGAAGUGGAUCACCUCUCUUCACAUCCCAAAAGGUCUGCGGAGAUCCUCGUUAGGAAACCCCGAUCAUCAAAACCCAAACCUCCGCCAAGGAAGUAUUUCAAACAAGACUGCUUCAAUAACGAGGAGACUUCCCAAGAAGGGAAAGAGAGGCCCAACAUGAAAUGCAAUGGGAAUCCUCCAAAUUCACAGGAAGUAAGAGACAUGCUGCGGCAGAGAACUAAAACAGUUAAAACCCACGGCUCCUUUGCAAGUUCUUUAGUGCUAAGAGCUGCAGAACAACCCACUGUGUGUUUAGCAGCUGCAGAUCAAGAAAAGAAAACCAACAAAGGGAAGAGUCCAUCAUCCCAAAGACCUGCCCUUAGACGACAAGCAAGGGUAGAUUACAGUUUGGAGGCUAGCACUGAAGACCCUUGGGUCAGGAUUUCAGAUUGCAUCAAAAGCUUGUUUAGCCCCAGUAUGUUGGAAGACGGGUGCCCCUUGAACUUGCAUACCAACAUCAGCACCAGUGAGAACAGUCAGGCCCCUAGCUGCUCCAAAGCAGUCCUGCAGAGGUUGGAUACAGAAGAGGCAGAUUGCAAAGCCCCCCAGUCAUCCGACGAAGGUGACUCUGUGAAGAAAGGCCCACCAGUAGCCCCUAAACCAACCUGGUUUCGUCAGAGUCUAAAAGGCUUCAAGAAAGGAAGUUCAGAUGCAACGACACCAGCAGGACAAAAUGCCACCGAGCAUCAGAGUGCUUCCGACAACGAACUGGGAUCCAAGAUAAGGCAUACCUCAGCUAGAGGAUUGUCAAUAAAACAAAGAAUAAGCUCGUUUGAAAGUUUGGGCACUCCACAAUCGCCCGAAAAGGGAAACAGAAAACUCAGCCCAAAGCUGUCAACCCCAAAUGAAAACUCUCCCAGUAAGAAGGAGUCCAGAACUGCCGGGAACACAGACCACCAGGGUGCUGAAAGCUCUUGCCUGCAGGCACAACUUGAUCCAAGUCUCCUCGAUUCCUCUCAUUGCUCAAGAGAGAAGCACAGCUCCAGUUCAAAAACCACCAGCAGUACCUUCCCUGAAGUGUCUUUGAACCCACUCUCCUUGCAAGGGGUCGAACCCAACUCACAAGUCAAAAAAGUGCCGAGUCAGAGGGUGCGAAGUUUCCCCCUCACCUCAGCCCAGUCCUCUGAAAUAUUGAAGACCACAGAGGAAAAAUACAGCAAAAUCUAUUCUAUCAGCAGUCACUUCUCAUCAGCUUUAAUGAAAUCGUUGCAUUCCCUUCCGCAGUCUUCGCUGAGUUCUGGGAAAAAUCCAUGGAGGUCACAUGACGGGUUGCCAAAGCUCCACACAGACGAAAAUGGGACCUCUCUCUUUCCUGCGAGUGAAACUCCUUCCUCAGACACCAGCUUUUCCCUUAACCUCUCCGAGCUGAGGGACUUCAGUGCACAUCUGACAGAGAAUGAAAAAGAGGAAGACAGGCAGAGCGGCAGUUCCUCGCAAGUUGUGGGUGUUUCAGGGCAGGCUGUUAUCUCUCUCCUCACCCCUGAAGAACUGGGAAAGCUCAUGGAGGAGGUGAAAUCUUUAGAUGAGGCAACGUUAAAACAAUUCAGUGAUAUUCACGUCACAAUUCUACACAAGGAAGAAGGGGCCGGUCUUGGUUUCAGCCUCGCUGGAGGAGCAGACCUAGAAAACAAAGCUAUUACUGUUCACAGGGUAUUUCCCAGUGGAUUAGCAGUCCAAGAAGGAACCAUUCAGAAAGGAGAUGAAGUCUUAUCGAUCAACGGAAAGUCUCUCAAGGGUGCCGCUCACAACGAAGCACUGGAGAUCUUAAGAAGGGCUCGGCAUCCAAAGCAAGCUGUGAUCGUCACAAGGAAACCUCAGAAGGGAGAAACAAGCUUUAACGCGUCCAUCGACUCCUCCACAUCAGAAGAGUCAACAGAUUCUACAUCUGAAGACAUAAUCUUCACUGUUAGGUUGGAGAAGACGUCAGCAGGCUUAGGAUUUAGUUUAGAAGGCGGGAAAGGCUCCAUCCACGGAGAUAAACCCAUAAUCAUCAACAGACUUUUUAAAGGGGUACCAUCAGAACAGAGCCCCACGGUUCAGCCAGGAGAUGAGUUACUGCAGGUGCACACCAACCUGAUGCAAGGACUGACGCGUUUUGAAGCCUGGAACAUCAUCAAGACAUUACCUGACGGGCCUGUUACAGUGGUCAUCAAGAGGAAAAGCUCCAGGGCCAGAUCGGCUGAAUCUUUCCGGGGAGAAGAAUAAAAUAAGCCCAGAAUGGCUUCUUUUAAAGGACCCAAAAGCUUGCAUUUAUUUCUAGAACUACAGCUGAUCCCAGGACAGAUGAUGUCAACCUCAAGAGCACGUUGAUUUGAGAAAAGAAGGCUUGUGUAUAAUAGCUCAGCAUUUGUGAUUUCAGUAUUAAUAAAGCACCUGUUGCAAGCUGAAUACUCAUGUUAUAAAGGGCUCUACUAACCAAAUGUAUGGAUGUAACAGAUGAAACAACAGCUUUAUGGUGGGACAGGUUCAGUGACUAAUUAACAGCAAAAUAAA